AUGUUAAAACAUAUAUAUUUAAGAAUAAUAAAUGUAGAAAAAUCGCUAAAAAAAAUAAAUAUAAAUAAUAAGCUUGACUCAAAUUUGAAGCACAGUAAAUUUAAGGAUAAUUUAUAUGAACAAAUUUAUAAAAAAAAAAAAAAUAAUUUUAGUGAAAGAGAUAUUAAUAAUUAUCAUCAAAUUGAAAAUGAAAAUACACUUUUAGAGAAAUGUACUAAAACAUGUGACAAUUAUAAUUCACACACGUUUAUAAAUCUAUCUAACAAUAGAAAUGACAAAAUAGGAAAUAUUUUAAACAUGGAAAGUGUGGAAAAUGUGGAAAGUGUGGAAAAUGCGAAAAAUGCGAAAAAUGUGGAAAGUGUGGAAAAUGCGAAAAAUGUGGAAAAAUGUGAAGAGGUUUUGCUAACUCAAUUAGAUCAAAAUGUGGAUUUAAAAAAAAGACAAUGUACAGAUAUGAACAAAUUAAACAUACAAAGUAAAAUGGAUGAACUAAAUAUUAUUUUAAAUUAUUCAAGUAUACAAGUUAUAAAAAGUUUAAAUGUAAAACAUAAUUAUAUAAAUUGUAAAGAAUAUUUUAUGUCACUCUCUUUAAUAUGCAACCAGUUAGCAAUAUAUAAUUAUAAAAACCCGAAUUUUUGGAAAAUAUUAAGCAUAAAAUUAAUAGAUAUAUUAAAAAUAAAAAAUAUAUAUAAAACUUUUUGUAUAAGAUGGCUAGCUUUAAUUUUAAAUUCAUUUGGUAGAGUUCAUUUUUUAAAUAAAACAUUUAUGAAGUCAUCCGCAAUUUAUAUCCAAAAUUAUAAAGUAGAAGAUAUGCAUAGUUUUGAUAUAUCACAAAUAGUAAAUUCUUAUUCUAAGUUAAAUUAUAUUGAUUAUAAUUUAUUUAAAUAUUUUGAAAAAAUAAUUUAUAAUAAAAUCAAUGAAUUAAGCUAUCAAUCAAUUAGUAAUAUAUGCAAUGCUUAUUCAAAAUUAAAUCCAAAUGAUACUAAAAUAUACAAUAUAUUAAUUAAUAAAAUAAAAAAAAAUAUUGAUAAAUUUAAUGAACAAGAAUUAGCAAAUAUAUUAAGUGCAUAUUCCAAAUUAAAUAUAAAAGAUUUUGAUUUGUUUAAUAAAUCGUUAGAAUAUAUAUUUCAUAAAUUUUAUAAUUUUAAGCCUAUCGAAAUUGUUAUGAUUACAAAUGCUUAUUCAAAAUGUAACAUAAAUAACAAGACAAUGGUUUCUUAUUUACUCUCUUAUAUGAAAAAAUAUUAUAAUUUAUUUGAACCACCAGAAUUGGCUAUAAUAGCAAAUGCGUGUGCAAACUGGAAUAUAAGAGAAUAUAAAAUAUUUGAUAUAAUUAAAAAAGGAAUUAUAAAAAAAGAACAUAUGCUAGAAAAUGGAAAUGUAGCAAUGUUAUUACAUGCAUACGGGAAAUUAUUAAUACGAGAUGAAUAUUUUAUUUUAAAUAUAAUUAAAAAAAAAAAACAUAUAAUAAGUUAUUUAGACUCACGAAAUUUAACAUUAUUUUAUGUCUCUAUAAUUAAAUUAAACAUUGAUAUUCCUAUAGAAAUAUAUAAUAAUUUAAAAUUAAAUAUUUCCAAAAAGUUACACACAUUUACAGAUUUAGCAUUAGUAUCCAUAUGCUACUCUUCAAUGUUUUAUAUGUAUUUUGAUAUCAAAUUAAUAAGCUCAAUUUUGUUUUUAUUAAAUAAAAGAAAAGCAAGUAGUAGAUCAUUUGCUCAUCAAAUUCAUGUCUCAUUAUUUGUAUUACAAUCUAUAUAUGAUUUUUACAAUUUUUCAUUCAAAUUCAUUAUAUGUUUGAAUGCCCUUUUAACAAGGGCUUAUCAUUAUAUUAGCCAAAAAAAUUAUUAUGACAUUAACAAGUCAGCAAUACAAAAAAGAAUUUAUCCAUUUAUUCCGAAAAAAAAAAAUAUUACCAUUCAAUCUGAGGUAGCUAUUGGCCCAUUUGUCGUUGAUUUUUUAUUGCUAAGCAACGAUUUUCAUCAAUAUCAGAUUGAAAAGUUUAAAUCAAUUAAGUAA